AUGAGGAUAGAUUUCAUCAAGAAGAGAGAAAAAAGCAGCACGAAUUUUGAGAACCAGAGCAGUGUGUCUGAUUUCAUCCUCCUGGGGCUCCCCAUCCAGCCAGAGCAGCAGGGCGCGUUCUUCACCCUCUUCCUGGGCAUGUACCUCACCACGGUGCUGGGGAAUCUGCUCAUCCUCCUGCUCAUCAGGCUGGACUCUUGCCUCCACACCCCCAUGUACUUCUUCCUCAGCCACUUGGCCCUCACUGAUGUCUCUUUCUCAUCAGUUACUGCCCCAAGGAUGUUGAUGGACAUGCAAACUAAUCAUAAAUCCAUUCCAUUUAUGGGCUGCAUUUCCCAGAUGUAUUUUUACAUGCUGUUUGCUGGUGUUGAUUGUUUUCUUCUUGCAGUGAUGGCAUAUGACAGGUACAUGGCCAUCAGUCACCCACUGCACUACACCACCAUCAUAAGGGAGGAGCUGUGUGUCUUGUUGGUGUCUGGGUCCUGGCUCUGCUCUGCUGCCCAUGCCUUGUUGCACACUUUGCUCUUGGAACAACUCAUGACUACUGAGAACCAGAGCAGCGUGUCUGAAUUCCUCCUCCUGGGGCUCCCCAUCCAGCCAGAGCAGCAGGGCGCGUUUUUCACCUUCUUCCUGGGCAUGUACCUCACCACGGUGCUGGGGAAUCUGCUCAUCAUCCUGCUCAUCAGGCUGGACUCUCGCCUCCACACCCCCAUGUACUUCUUCCUCAGCCACUUGGCCUUCACUGAUGUCUCUUUGUCAUCUGUCACUGCCCCAAGGAUGUUGAUGGACAUGCAGACUCAACACAAAUCCAUUCCCUAUGUGGGGUGCAUUUCUCAGAUAUAUUUUUACAUAUUGUUUGCUGGUGUUGACAGUUUUCUUCUUUCAGUGAUGGCAUAUGACAGGUACGUGGCCAUCUGUCGCCCACUGCACUACACCACCAUCAUGAGGGAGGAGCUGUGUGUCUUGUUGGUGGCUGGAUGCUGGUUCCUCGCUUGUGCCCAUGCCCUGGUGCACACUCUGCUCUUGGCCCAACUGUCCUUCUGUGCUGACAAUACCAUCCCCCACUACUUCUGUGCUCUCACAGCUCUUCUGAAGCUGACCUGCUCAGACACCUCUCUCAAUGAGCUAGUCAUUUUCACUGAGACAGGAAUGUUUUUUAUCCUGUCAGUGAGUGCUAUUUUGGGCUCUUAUAUCCGCAUUGGGGCCACUAUUUUGAAGGUCCCGUCCACCAAGGGGAUUUGUAAAGUCUUUUCCACUUGUGGCUCCCACCUGUCGGUGGUGUUUCUGUAUUACGGGACUCUUGCCAUUGUUUACCUCCUUCCUUCAGCAAACAGUUCCAAAAUCAAGGAUGUAAUUGCUUCAGUUAUGUACACAGUGGUGACUCCCAUGCUGAACCCCUUCAUCUACAGCCUGAGGAACAGAGAUAUGAAAUCGGCUUUGGGGAUACUUCACAGAAGAGGGAUUGCUUUCUUCAAAUGA